UGACGGCAUUAGAAUGAUAAAUCUCUGUUUCCUUAUUACACCCACACAUACACCAUGCCUACUACACAUGCAAUGUCGGAGUGUGUCUAGCGGAAUUAACCCUCGGUUGACCUCAAAAGUACGUCUAUUCCGCACUGCAUGCUCAUCGUUGGCCAAAUCAUUCUGGAGGUUUAUCGAACAUGGUUAUUGCGAAGGUUACAUUUUGCGACGCAGGUGACAAGAAAGGAAUGGCAGGAUGAGGGACAGGCUAGAACACAUGAAGUCAAUUGGUGAGGAUCUGGAUGACUGUGACCUGAAUGAACCUGACUUGAGAGACCCUGACUAUGACGUGGUCACGGUCGAUAUCUGCCAGGAGGCUGUGGUGUUCGACAGCUCCUCCAUGGACGGUGUCUUAGGGGAGGCACACUCUAUACGCCAGGAGAUCUCCUUGCUCCAGGAGGAGGUAGAGCUUCUGGUCCAACACAAUGAGCAGGUGAGCACUGCGGUGAACGACCUCACCGCGCUCAAGCAGGACUCUAACUCCAUCGCCCAGAGGAUCCAGAAGCGUGGGGAGGCCCUCUACACCAGGCUCCAGCACCUGGGGCAGCUGAGCCAACAGCUGGAAGAAAAAGAGGGCCCCUACGCCGCUGUAAGUCGCAUCGCCCGCUCCCAGCAUGCCACCCUCACCAGGGCCUUCCAUGUCACCGUGUCUGAGUACAACCUGGCGGAAGAGAACCAGAAGGAGGUGUGCCGUGGGCGCCUCCAGAGACAGGCAUCCAUCUUGGGGAAAAAGGUGACAGGGGAACAGCUGGACCAACUGGUGGAAAGAGGGGGCGAGGGCUGGGUGGAGCUGUCCCAAAGCCUGCAGACAGACGGCCGAUCGUCCAAUUAUGCUCUGUCUGAGAUCAAGGGCCGGCAUGAGGAGCUGAUUGACCUGGAGGCUAGGCUAACUGAGGUGCGUGACCUGUUCCUGCAGAUGGCUAUGCUCGUCGAAGAGCAAGGCUGCCGGAUAAAUAGCAUUGAGGCUAAUGUGUGUGGCACAGAGGAGUACCUUGCAACGGUCAACGUGCACAUCAAGAAGGCCCUGGAGUACAAGAGCAAGAGCUGCUGCUGGCAAUUCUGUUCAUGUUUUUCACGAUGGAGACGCCGUCCCUAGUUUUUAGUAAUGGACUAUAACAAUUCAAAUUGAACUUACCAACUAACAGAUUGAGUUUAAAUGGAAAGCCAAGAGAUAAACCCCUGAACAUUUGUGUGGGUGUUUCUGUGGGUGUGGGUAGGUGUUUAGUAACAUUAUAUCAGGGGGUAUGAUGAAACCAAAUGACAGCUUGAAGAGUAUGCAAAAUUAUGAAUGUAGAAUGUAGCCUAUGUGAGCUAGUAUGAAAUACCUGCCAUGUAAGGGAUAGAAAUAGGGCUUAAUAAAAUAUAAAUAAAUGAAGGAGUUUGUGUUAUCUGAUCAAAAGGUUUCUUUACAACGUUUACAUUUUCAUGAAACUCCUGAACUAAGUGUCAUACAAUCUAGUUUCAUUGUUUGCAAUAGCCUUGUUUCACUUUCAUGAAGGGAAAUCAAAUCUCUUGUAGCCUGUGUCCAUAAGUUUACAUUUUGUGAACAUACAUAUUUAUUUCUGUCUCUUUUCCCUUCCCUAUUUUCAAUUCAUUAAAAAUAAAUGUUUUUACCUGACUCUUACCUGACAAAACUUGCUUGGUUGUGACAAUCAAUGUAAUAAUUUGGCUGAUUAUGAUCAUCAAUAAAAAUAUAUAUUU